UGUCAAAUAGUGACAACUUUUUUCCUUAAUUUUUUAAAAGACUCAUGAUUAUAGUUCUUAGGUGUCCUAAACAUAGGAAAAAGACAAGUUAAUGCAGGGUGGAAAAUCAUGAAAGAGCCACAAAUAUUGUGCUUAGAAAGUUGUAAUAAUAAUAAUGGAGCAACUGUUUACACGCCAAAAAGGGAUCUGUACAAUCACCUUUUUCAUUCUAUUUCAUCUAAUCUGUAAUCAUUAUUAUAUUUAACUUAAAGAAUCAAGAAUUCAGUGUACUGUCAGCAGGAGUUGAAAAAGGAAGCUUUUUUGGUGGGGCCGAAUUGGUUUCUUUGGCGAAAAAGUUUGUGUUUUGGAAUUCAUUAUGUGGAGUUUGGUUGACUCAGCUUUGAUUUGAUGCUAAAGCCAAAUGGGAUCUUGAAGCAACAAAAGGUGUAAUUUGUCGGGUUGUGCUACAAAGUGAACGCUAUUAUAGCUUUUAAGGCUUUAAACUAGUGGGGUAGUUUGAUGGGCUGUGAAAGUUCUAAGCUUGCCUCGUGUUGCUGGACAGGAGAAAGUGGACCCAUUCACGAGGCUCAAAAUCCUGAUGAGGAAAAAAAUGAAGUUAGUGAUUCACCUGCAUUUUGCGAGUUUACAUUCGAGCAACUCAGGAUAGCUACAUCUGCAUUUGCUGUAGAGAAUAUAGUUUCGGAACAUGGUGAAAAGGCUCCUAAUAUUGUUUAUAAAGGAAAGCUAGAGAACCAGUGGCCGGUUGCUGUUAAACGCUUCAACAGAUCUGCAUGGCCUGAUUCCCGGCAGUUUUUAGAAGAAGCAAGGGCCGUCGGUCAACUCCGCAACAAUAGGUUGGCAAAUCUUCUCGGCUGUUGCUGCGAGGGCGAUGAGAGGUUGCUAGUUGCAGAAUUCAUGCCCAGCGAGACGCUUGCAAAGCAUCUUUUUCAUUGGGACACACAACCAAUGAAGUGGGCAAUGCGGUUAAGGGUGGCGUUGUAUAUUGCACAGGCUCUUGAACAUUGUACAGGCAAAGGACGAGCGCUUUAUCAUGAUCUUAAUGCUUAUAGAAUAUUAUUCGGUGAAGAUGGUGAUCCCCGACUCUCUUGCUUUGGUUUGAUGAAGAACAGUCGAGAUGGAAAAAGUUACAGCACAAACUUGGCAUUUACUCCUCCCGAGUAUUUGAGGACAGGAAGAAUCACCCCGGAGAGUGUGAUAUUUAGCUUCGGGACACUUUUGCUCGACCUUCUCAGUGGAAAGCACAUCCCUCCUAGCCAUGCGCUGGAUUUGAUAAAAGACCGGAAUCUUGAGAUGCUAACUGAUUCUUGCUUAGAAGGUCAAUUUUCUACUGAUGACGGAACUGAAUUGGUAAGGAUUGCUUCAAGAUGUCUCCAAUACGAGCCUCGUGAGCGGCCGAAUCUGAAGUCUUUAGUUGCUGCAUUAUAUCCUCUUCAAAAAGAAGCUGAGGUUCCCUCUCAUGUAUUGAUGGGUAUAUCACAUGAUGGCGAAACUAUGCCUCUGUCUCCGCUUGGUGAAGCUUGUCUGAAAACGGACUUGACCGCUAUCCAUGAGAUUUUAGAAGCACUUGCAUACAAAGAUGAUGGGGGAGCAGCUACCGAGCUUUCAUUUCAGAUGUGGACAGAUCUGAUGCUGGAAACGUUGAACUCAAAGAAAAAGGGUGAUGUCGCUUUCAAGAACAAAGAUUUCAAUGCUGCCAUUGAAUGCUAUACGCAGUUUAUCGAUGUUGGAACCGUGGCCUCACCAACUGUAUACGCUCGUCGUAGUCUGUCCUAUCUCAUGAGUGACAUGCCACAAGAAGCUCUUAAUGAUACAGUACAAGCACAAGUGAUAUCUCCUGUUUGGCAUAUUGCAUCAUAUCUCCAGGCUGCUGCUCUUUUCACAUUGGGAAGAGAAAACGAAGCGCAAAUCGCUCUCAGAGAGGCUGCCAUACUCGAAGAAGAGAAAAACACGCCUUCUUGAAAGUGCCAAGUGAAGCCUACUGUAUAAAUGUAGAUGAGCUAUCGAUAUGUCUCCUCGUGUAUGCAAUGGUCAUAGAAAAUUCUUUCGCAACAUAAUUUGGAUGGAAUGCCAUGGAGCUGGCCAUCAUUUCCGAGUUUUGAAGGUUGCGAUUUGCCCGAAGGGUUGGCUCCAGACGAAUUUCUCGAUCAUCGAAAAAGAAAAAAAUAGUACCAUAGGUCCCUAAAGAUAUAUGACCUAUGGAAAAGUAUCAAGAGAGACUAGCAUGUUGUAAUUUUUUUUGUAUAGUGUUCUAUAUGGUUGCUUAACUUGGGUUUUUUCUUUUUUACUCUUCUUAUGGUUUUGUUAUUGUGGGAUUAAUUUUGCAAAUACUUAUUAUAAAGUAUUUGCAACUUAUGUUA